UUGCUCCGGUGGCCGUUAUGCGGCCUUGUUGCGUCGCGCGGGUGAGAGAGAAAGGGUGAGUUUUCCGGGUGUGGAGGACUGCCUCGAGAAUCCGUUGGCAUCCGCGUAGUUUAUGCCGCGGGCAGAGCGAGCAGCAUGGCGUGCAAACUAGAAGCUGAACAUGGCUGAUACUGAUGAAAUGGAGAGCUCAUUGUUGGAGGACUUGGACGGUCUUACCAAUGGCCACUCCUCCCAGAGUUUGCCACAGGUGCACACUUCAACUGGAGCUGUUCCAAGAAAUCGCGAACCAGAGAUGACCGACCCUGGCUCGCCUUCACUGCAGUGUUCAAGAAAGAAAGCCAAAACCCGGAGAUCAGCAAGACGUAAUGGGCGAUCCUCGGAGAAGACGUCCAACCCUAAAACACAGGGGGGACCUUCUACCUGUUCAUCUGUGAAGUCUGGAGGUCAGUUGAAGUUGCCAAAGCCCAAACUGGACCUGAAAGCCCUAUUUGACUAUCACUUCAGGAGAAAAUCACAGAGGCGCCGCAGAAGUUGGAAGCUGACAGAAGAAGUCACUAGACGCAAACGUCGACGAAAGUAUACCCUGAGGCCACGAUUCAGAAUUUCAGCUGAAGAGCGAAAGAGGAGAUAUAGAGAGAGGGGCCUGCAGUUUCCUUUUGUAGAGAAACUUUAUGGAAGGAAACAUAUUCCCUUGAAAAUGGUGUGUCGGUAUGAGGAAGCUGCCCUGAAAGGAUUCUUGAAAUACGUUAAAAUGCUCAGAUUUGAACACCAGCUCAAAACAUCUCUGACCCAGCUGAAUGCUGGAGAUGAUCUAGAAAAGGAGUGUCUAGAGUCAAGGAAGCACAAAUAUUUGGAUGAAGAUGGACCUCUUUCACCUAUUGAGGAGGCAGAUGGAAGUGACCAAAAUGAUGAUGAAGAAAUUGGUGCCAAGAUAGUGGACAACAGCUGUUUCAUAUUAAGUAGCAACAUUCCAAAGAAGAAAUCCAAGAGAAGGACAAAUACCAGCAGUUGCAAACAACCAUCAUGUAGCAGUGCUUCCUGAAGGAUCAAAAACCACGUGGGAGCAGCGUUCAUUUAUAGGCAUCAAAUUGUAGCAAGUUCUCAGUGGAAUAAUUGGUUCCCUGAAGAACCUUUUCAAUCUUGGUGGCAUUGAAUGGAAUGUCUUUAGCUUGGAAAAAAUCCACAUAAAAUCUUCUGUGGUUGACUGUUAGCUCUAGGCUAACAGCUUCGGCUCAGACCCUGCUGUUCAGCUUGUCUCUUGGUAUGGAGAACAGUUAAGUUGUUGACUUCCUGGACAUGUUGGAACCGAUGAACAGGUUGGCAGCCCAAAUCUCCGUUUGAACACUGAAAAUGCAUGUUGGUAAAGGUCUUAAGAGAUGGUUUGGUAUAGGACUCUCCAUGAAAUGGUCUCGAGAAAUGAGGUGUGGUGAUAGCUGUUGGAAGCAACUUCUUUCUGAAGAAAUCUAGAUGCCAUGCAUCUGUCUCCUGAGUGGGUGAAAAGUAGGACACAAGGGAAAUGAAAAGCCUCGGACUGUGGAAACGUGCAUGGUGAGGCUGAUGGCAUUCCUGUUGGUGUAGCUGAAAAACACUUUUUCACCAAAAGCAAAUACUAGCUUCUAAUGGCUUGAAGUCAUGACCAGAAAAUCCACAACUCUGUCUAAAGUGGGGUUUCCUCACAGGGUGUCUAUCUAGUGCUAAAGGUAUCUGACCUGAGGAGGCUAGAAGAAUAACUUGGAAUCAGUUGGCGUUGCAUUUCUCUACUACACUGCUGAAAAUUUCAGAUGUUCUAAUGACUAACUACCUGUAUCAUGUCUUUAUUACUUUUAGUACUUAACUGUCCUUGUUAAACUGUUAAUUCUUUAAAAACUGUUAAAGAAAGUGUUGUUGGGGUACUUUGUUUCCUUUAUAUAAAGCUUAACUGCUCAUA